GAGCCGGCGCUGGGUCCCGCGGCCAUAGCCGCGUCUUCUCUCGGCUCUGCCACCAGCCGGGGCUCGGGCCCGGGCCCGGGCCCCCGGGACAUGGCCCUUCGGAGUGCGCAAGGCGACGGCCCCACCUCCAGCCGCUGGGACGGCGGCGCCGAGAAGACAGGGAAGCGAUCCUGGAACUGGGGAGUCAGCGGAUGCUGAGACCACAGGAACCCUGCUGGCAGACUGGCGUCCCCUGUGCGAAGGAAGGGCGGGGGAAUCUGGUCCGGCUUCGUCACGUCUGGAGAGAAUUGGGUCUCCCGGAGAACUGAGGCCAAGCCUCCACCCCCGGCCCGAGGCUGUCCGGCCACGUCCGCACGCUCCUGGUGCCUCCUCCCUAGUUGUAAGACUUCACUGCCAAAAGGAAAAAGAAAGUGGCAGAGAUUUACCAGGCUCUGAACAGUGAUCCCACUGAUGUGGCUGCCCUUAGACGCAUGGCUAUCAGUGAAGGAGGGCUCCUGACUGAUGAGAUCAGGCAGAAAGUGUGGCCCAAGCUCCUCAAUGUCAAUACCAAUGACCCACCUCCUAUAUCAGGGAAGGACCUGCGGCAGGUGAGCAAGGACUACCAGCAAGUGCUGCUGGACGUCCGCCGGUCCUUACGGCGCUUCCCGCCCGGCAUGCCAGAGGAACAGAGGGAGGGGCUGCAGGAGGAGCUGAUCGACAUCAUCCUGCUCAUCUUGGAGCGCAACCCCCAGCUGCACUACUAUCAGGGCUACCAUGACAUCGUGGUCACGUUUCUGCUGGUGGUCGGCGAGGGGCUGGCGACAUCUCUGGUAGAAAAAUUGUCCACCCACCACCUCAGGGAUUUCAUGGACCCCACAAUGGACAACACCAAGCACAUAUUAAACUGUCUGAUGCCCAUCAUCGACCAGGUGAAUCCAGAGCUCCACGACUUCAUGCAGAGUGCCGAGGUGGGAACCAUCUUUGCCCUCAGCUGGCUCAUCACCUGGUUUGGGCAUGUCCUGUCUGACUUCAGGCACGUUGUGCGGUUAUACGACUUCUUCCUCGCCUGCCACCCGCUGAUGCCCAUUUACUUUGCCGCCGUGAUCGUGUUGCAUCGAGAGCAGGAGGUCCUGGAUUGCGACUGCGACAUGGCCUCGGUCCACCACCUGUUGUCCCAGAUCCCUCAGGACCUGCCCUACGAGACACUGAUCAGUAGAGCCGGAGACCUGUUCGUUCAGUUUCCCCCGUCCAAGCUGGCUCUGGAUGCAGCUGCCCAGCAGCAGGCCGAGAAGACGGCAGCCUCUACCUUCAAAGACUUCGAGCUGGCGUCGGCCCAGCAGAGGCCUGACACGGUGCUGCGGCAGCGGUUUCGGGGCCUUCUGCGGCCUGAGGAGCGAACGAAAGAUGUCCUGACCAAACCAAGGACCAACCACUUUGUGAAACUGGCGGUGAUGGGGCUGACGGUGGCGCUCGGAGCGGCCGCCCUGGCCGUGGUGAAGAGCGCCCUGGAGUGGGCCCCGAAGUUUCAACUGCAGCUCUUCCCCUAGACACCAGAGAGGACGCUUCCUCUUCCGUGACAUUAAGGUCUCACCCUUCCAUGGAAGGAUUGGGAGGGGGUGGAAUUUCCUUUAUUAAAAGGGUUUCUGUCAA